AGGAAGCGGACGGACGGAUGGACGGCCCGACACGGCCGAGAAAGCGGCUAAAGGCCACCCGUCCUUAACCUGCCCGGGUCAGGCUCGGGGAUCACUGCGCCCCCCAGGGCUGCUCAAUAAAGGCCGUAUUUUUCCUUUUCGAGAUGGACAGACCUGACCAGCGCAUCUGUGCCGGGCUCCGGGGAACAUGCCCCGAACAAGGCCGCUCCGGAUUCCCACGCCCCCCGCCCGGGGUUGGCGAACCCCACCCCCCAAUCGAUCUUGCCGAGGCGGGGAGAACUCGACUCCAACUGGUGGUACCGAGGCCAGGGCGGAGAAACCUCCGAGGCGACGCUCCGGGACGGCGGCCAAGCAGCAGCUGCGACCAACGCACAGCGGCCGUGGAGCCGCUCCGGGACGCGGGGCCCAGCGGGUCCGCGGGCGACAGACGCCCAAGACCCUCCCCCGGCGGGAGACGGCUGAGGGACGCGGGUCCCUUCGGGGCGGAAGGAGGGUGGGGGGCGGCGUUCGCCCCUCAGCCCGACCCCCGCGGCGCCGCAGCCGCGCCGCCCCCGCCGCGUCAGCUCACGCCUCGCACUCUCUUCCACUCACCAUGUUCGCCGAGGCGGUCGCAGGGACGCGGGGCAGGGAGUCGGCGGGCGCCGAGUGUCCUCACAGCAGCGGGGCCGAGCAAACGAGCGAGGUGGCGACGCAGGGAGCGAGCCUACCAGGGGGAGGGCGCGUGAGCGCGCCGCGGGCCCAAACACGGCUGCGCACGUCACGCGCUGCCCGCCGUUGCUACGCAACCGGAAGGCCGGGUAACGCCCCGCCCGAGCGGCCUUCGGGACUGCACGCGGAAGGGGUCUUCCUCACCUUCCGGACCUUCCAGAAGUCUGACUGGGGUCCCCCUCACCAGCUCCGGGCCGAGGGGAGUGGGGGUGGGUCCCUCUCUCUUCUGCGGGGGACGAGGAGGCGGAGCUUGGCCUGGCACCUGCGGGGCCAGUGGCCCGUCUCCCCCCAAGAGGCGGGGCCACGUGGCGCCCCGCCCACUGUGAAGCUGUUGGCCUUACAAGGAAGUGGCUACCUGGCCAGGUGAUGCUGCUUUGAGAAGAAAGAACCUUCCUGUAUCCCCCUGCAGCUGGAACCCAUUGUCUGUCUGUCUGGUUGAACGGGAUUCAGUGCCCGCCUCCACUUCUAAGUCCUCAAGAUGUCCUUUCUAGUCCAAAAUUGAAUCCUGCUCAUUUAAGGGAAUACACAGCCGGUCUGCUCCAUCGUCUGGACUGCAUUUCAUCCUCCACUCUGCCACCAGAGUUACGUCCAAACAUAAGAAUUGGAUCCUGUCACAUCGCUGCUUAAAUUUUCCUAUGGCUUCCUCCAGAAUUAGCAGGUCAGCCUGGCCUUUUUGCCUCUGGCCUCAGCUAUCUUUAAUUUCCUGCCUUGUCUCCAUAUCUUCCGUAGUGCCCAGUUUUCUUCCAGAAGCCCUCUUACCCUGAGCCUGCUCCUUUCUCAGCCUGAAAGGUUCUUAUAACCCUAUAGUCUGAAGACCUCUGACCACUUCCCAAGGGACUGAUAGUGCUCCUUCCAUAACCCCACAGUUCAUCACUUCUCAAAUCUUGAUGAGCAUCCAGGUCUCCUGAAGAUCUUUUUAAAAUGCAGGUGCAGGGGGUUAAAGCUGGGAUUACAGUUGCCCCCCAGGUCAUUCAAAUGCUGCCAGUCUGCAGCUUUGAGUAGUGAGACCUUAAAAGUUUUUCCCUACUGCUGGUAUAGCAAGUAACACACACACACACACACACACACACACACACACACAGAUAUCCACCAUCAUCAGAUUAGACUGAGUUCCUUGAGGACAAGGGCUGUUUAGGAUGCAUCUUAUUUGGACUAGCAUAGCUCCUGAUAAUGUAGUAGGUAUUUAAUACAGUUUGUUCAGUAAGUAAACCAAUAUCUGAAGAUGUUUACAAUUCCUCAAGCAAACGUCUAUAUCAGUUCACUGUAAUCUAAGAGGGAACCCAUUGAUCUUAAGGUCCCAUUGAAUUUUAACCUCUGCAUUUACACAUAAAUUUGCUGGAUAUUUUCAUUCCUCCUCAUCCCACAGAGGGAGCAAGUAUUAACAUAAAAUCUCUUUUAAAUAUGAGAUGUGUAUAUUUCACUUCUCAUUUAGGAAACAUACUUAAUAUGUUGUUGCAUACUUAAUCUGUGAACAUGUAGGCACUUUUAUUUAAAACCUUUUAUGAGUGACAGGGAAGUGUAAGUUAAACAUUAAUGUUAAUCAGUAGACUGGAAAAAGUGUUUUUGCAAGGCAGUAUAAUAACUCUGUCAGUAUAUAGUGUAGAAAAAGCUUUCUAGUUUCUCCUCCGCCUCCCUGCAAAUUCACCUGUUCUCUUGUUUAUGUCUAUAGUCUUUAAAAAAUAAUUUUAAUCAUAUAAUAAGAUGUGAAUAUAUUCUCAUUAUAAAA